AUGUGUGCACACUUGGCUCUGCCCCCCUACCAUCAGGCUUACCCCAGCGGGUCUGGCAUGGGGUACCUGGAGUUUUACUGGAACUCGGCGGGGGAGGCAGGACAUGCCCCUGCNUCGGCGGGGCCAGCGGGAGCCACCAGUGCCAGCCAGUCUCCGGAGGCAGGAGGGAAGAGGCAGACAGCAGAAUUAUCCCCAGCUUCGUCCAGUUCUGGGAAUUUCAGUCAAUUCACACCAGAUUCAGCCACCAGUCCACAUUCAGCAUCCUCAUCCCCACAACCUACGUCUAAGUCUCAGACGGGCAGAGAAGAUGGCGUGGAGGGGGUGAAGAAGGCCAAGAGCCGCACAGCCUUCUCCAAGGAGCAGCUGCAAACCCUGCACCAGCGGUUCCAGAGCCAGAAGUACCUCAGCCCCCAGCAGAUCCGGGAGCUGGCUGCUGCUCUGGGGCUCACCUACAAGCAGGUGAAGACUUGGUUCCAGAACCGGAGGAUGAAGCUGAAAAGGUGCCAGAAGCAUAGCCUGUGGACUGAACGGGCUCAGUGCCUCACGCAAAGCGGCUUCCAGCCAAGUACUUACCUGGACGUACACCCCAAAUUCCACCAGGGCUACCCGAUCACCGCAGCCAGCAACAUCCAGCCCUUGCCUCCCCCCCGUCAGCACUACGGAGCAGGGCAGAAUGCUUACACAAUCAUGACCAGCGAGGAUGGAGGAGUCUUUGGAAAAGGCGGGGGCACCUGCAGCGUCCAGCAGACAGUGGGCUUCAUUGCCCAGCACAAAGUAGACUUUUACCACAGCUGUCCUGGCAGUGUGGAAUAUCCGGGCACAAAGACAGGUGAUGACUGUAACUUUCACCACUUGGCCACCAUGGGGGCUCCUUUCCCAACCACUGCUGGCCACCAUCUCUAUCAUUCCUAA